CUGCGGCAAGAUGGAGACGUGAAGGGAGUGUUCCUACAAGAUGUUGAACUUGCGGCCCAGAGACGGACAUUCUUAGCUCCAAGAUCCCCGUCGAAGGGCAAUGACAAGGUGUGUGCCAUGGCUGCUGCAGGAGACACGGAAGGGGAAAGCCUUAAGAGUGACUGGGAAGACUUCUGUGACAAGCAGGCCAGGAUAGCGGCCGCCGAUUUUGUCAAAUCGUGGCGAGUGUUUGUGGCUCUUCAGGCUCAGUUCAGGGACCUGGAGCACAAGGAGCUGGCACAGAAGUUCGCUGAAUUGUUCCCGGCGCACCUGGAGAAGGCGCUGACGAGCCCGCCCAACGGAGUCAAGGUGCGCAACGGCGUCAGCGAGGCCAGCGACCCCAGGCCAGCCUCGGCCUCCAAUCCAAGGUCAGCCUCGGCCACUAACCCUAGGUCAGCCUCGGCUGAUGACCUGUUGGAGGCUGCAGCAGCGAGCGAUGAAGGUGGCGAGUCCCCGUCCCCUCGCGUGGCACACAGACCCUUCUUCAGGAGGCUAUCUUUCAAGGGUCUCAAAAAGGGCAAGAGCAUUUUCCUCAAGCAGCACUCGGAUGAGGUGGAGCUCUCACCGCACCAUGACAAGCAGUCCAAGAAUGAGAGACACAAGGCGCGUACAGUAAAACUUGCGGUGGAAUGUGUUCGUGAGGGAACUGUACACCUCCUAGCUGGUGAUACUCAGGAAGGGCGGCCGCAUUGGCUCAAGUGCCGUAUGGCACUUGUCAAGGUUGCAGCUGGACAUAUGCUGGAAUUUUAUGCACCUCCUAAGAGUAUGAAGCCUCGUACUGGUGUAUUUUGCAUAUCAAUCAAUGAAGCAAGAGAGACGACAGACCUAGAAAUGCCUGACUUGAGAAACACAUUUGUUAUCAAGGCGGAUAGCGGGAAUGAGUGGGUAGUUGAGGCUCAGGAUCAGGAAGACAUGAAAACAUGGCUUACUACCAUUGUAGCUUACUGCUGCUCAAAUGAAAAAGAACAGUCAAAGAAUUAUGAACUGCGGCCUGCAAUGUACAGCGUGAAGAAUGAGUCUUCACAGUCCCUAUCAGCUGCAGUCCCUGGAGGUGGAGGGGGAGGAGGAGGAAGUGGAGGAGGGGGAGGGGGAGGAGGAGGAAGCGGAGGUGGAGGAGGAGGUGGCAGUGGUGGUGGCAGUGGUGGAGGAGGGGAGACUGCAGAGGCCCGACCAGAGCACCCACCAGACUUGCCUCCCAGAAUUCCAGGCACUACCUCACCCAUCUCACAGCAGGCAGGAAAACUUUUUUUAUUUUAUCAGUAUAGAUGCUGUUAUAAUUUUUUGUAUUGUAGUCUUCCUCUUAUGACUUAUUCUUUGAUAUUCUUUAUAGGUAUUGUUUCAUAUAAGUUGUUACACAUUAAAAACACUUUUGUAAUGGUUAAUCUCUAUGGGCAAUCCCUGGAAAAGAAUUAUACCUGUGAUAGCUUACCAGCAAGUGGCAUUGUAGCAAGACAGAACAAUCUCACAACACACACAAGAUCUCAGAAUGGUCUGGGUGAUUACUCCAAUGAGGAAAAUGUCAACAUACCUACGGAUGUGGACUUUUACUCAAGCCUCCGGGACUAUCCCUGGUUCCAUGGCACUUUGUCCCGCUGUGAUGCCGCCUCAGCUGUCCUCCAGGAGGCUGUGGCUGGCCAUGGGGUAUUCCUCGUGAGACAAAGUGAGACGCGCAAGGGGGAGUAUGUCCUUACCUUCAACUACCAGGGAAGAGCAAAGCAUCUUAGGAUGACCAUUAAUCCAGAUGGUGCAUGUCGCGUGCAACACCUCUCCUUUGCAACCAUAUUUGACCUGCUCGAGUACUUCCGUGACAACCACAUCCCAUUGGAGUCUGGCGGCACUUCGGAUGUCACACUUUCUGAGUUUGUCAUUGCGGCAGACUAUUCGGCGCGGAACCAGGGGACAGGCCAAGCGGGGACUGACCGCAGGGCACCCAAUCUGCCUGAUACCAGAGAGGUCACUACUCAUGGUGGAUCUGUACGCAUGACAACUGCAGCGUUAGAAAGACUGCAGUAUGAACAAAGCAAUUCAGGUGGGUCAACAGGACGUGCUGUGGAGAACACAUACACGUAUACUUAAAGCCAUACUCUUGAUUUAGAGGUGAUAAAAGCACAAGAAAAGAAGUUGACAUCAAGCAAUGUGUUGAGUUGGAGAUGCUUGUUGCUGGCAAGUUUGAAAUUGAAGCUCAAUUUCAGAGGCCUUUUUUGCAGUUUUUUUUUCAUUGUAAGAUCUGAGCUGAAGAAGUUUAUCAAUAUUUUUUUCCUUUUUACCCCAUGUUUUGAUUUUAUGAGGGUAUACUUUCAAGCCGAGAUUAUUAAUUACAUGUAUUUAAUUCAGGGCAGUGUCUGAAGGAAGUUGAUGGUAACUUUCUUUUUUGAAAAUUAAGAGAACAUUCUACUAUGUUCUUUUCAUUAAUUUGAAUCAGCUGAAUAUGAAAUUGAUUUUAUAUAUGUUGUGCCAUUUGUUUUCAAAACAAAGUUUAAUUUAUAGAUUGACAAAGGAAUCAAAGACUUUGCUCUCUAGAUCAUAUUUGUAACCUUGAUGGACAUGAUAUCAAGAUCAUAAAUAUCCUUACCAAUACUCCAUGAUUUAUUUUAGAUAUCACUUUUUUUUCAAAGAACUUUCAAAUAAGGUUGUGGAUAGUUAGACUUUUGACUUGUAACACUCCAUGACAUGCUGGAAAGAUGUCCACUGUAGAAGUUCCAAACUGUGGCGACUUUUCCUAAUAUGCAAGACGGGUGGAGGAAUGAGCUGGAGGUCGACCUAGGUGUUUAUAAAACUAAUAUGUAUUUUGGAGCAUGUUUCAUUUAUCACCUGGCGGAAAACCACCUCAAUUGAUGUGAAUACAAAAUGCCUCUGAUAUACCACAUGCAUUGUUUCAUCAGACCCACUGUGAUUUGGAUAGGAUUAUGCAGCUCUUCAUUAAGUCAAAAAUAUGUUUGUUUCAUAAUACCAAAGCUAAGAUCAAACUGAAGACCCUGAUUAUUUGACAACAUUUUAUUAGUGAUGAUUAUCUCCUGAUAAGUUCUAAGGGACAGUUUCCAGUGCUCAAAAAAGCACAAAGAGUAGGUUAUGGUCUUUUAAUAUUUUUGUUAGUGAUCUUAAUGAGACAGCAUCCAGCAACUGUUAAUGAUUGCUGGCAUUCAAAUUAGGAGAUGUUUGUGCUUUGUGAACCAUUUGCCAUAUGUGAAUGGUGUAGUCAGCAAUUUUAUUUUCAGUAUGUUGUAUUCCUUGUUAUUAGGUAAUUAUGUUUGUGUGAUUAGAUAUAGUUGUAAAGAGAAAUGCUGUUAAGAAUGUAGUUGAUAUUAACAUUAACCUUGUGAGAUGCAUGCUUGAACCCCAGUUACAUAGGCUUAAGCUGUGUAUGUCAGAAAGCAGGUCACUCCUCCACCCAUUUGAUUGCAAUUAGGAGAUAUUUUUGGGCUUUGGAGAUCCAAUGUCCCCCUUUUUGUUAACAUGUUCAGAAGACUUUCCAAGUUCCAAUUUUGAAAAUGUAAACAAAGGCAUUACUGUAUAAGGCUGAUAUGAUAGUAUUAUUGUUUGCUAGUGUAUGAGCAUUCUUAAUUAUUCUGUUUUUAUUUAUUUAUUUAUUUUAGAGAAAAAUAAUGUAAAGUACUUACUGAUCAUUAAGGUGAUGUGAAGAUUUUUCCAAAGAAAAAUUAUAUUGCAUGCAGCUUUAUCAAUUGUGUGAUGUAAGAUCACAAAUAAUAUUUAUUUUAAUGUAUUAUCCUGAAGUGUUUAUGAACUAUUGGUGACCCACUUGAAAAGAACUAUUGGUGACCCACUUGAAAAUAAGUUGUAAACUUCAUCCCGGAUCAUUUUACUUAGAGCAUUUUGAUCAAAGUCAGCCAAUAUCAUAAGGGGGGGAUAUAUUUCACUUAGAUAUGAAUUGAUUAUACAAGUCUUUAGGUGAAGAAAACCAGUUCCUUUCAGAGAAGCAUUUGUCAAAUUUUACCAGAAAUUAUUUGAUGGAAAGUAUUUUAUCUUAGAUGUAAGUGCCUGCUGUUUCAGCUCUUCAUAAUACAUACUCUAUGUGAAUUCCAUGAUGUGAAUCGGUGUACUGGAAAGGGAAUGGUCUUAUCAAUUAGGCAUUCAUGGAAAAUGUGCACUUUGUGGUUGUUAAAAUAAAAUAUUGAGCUUUAAGGUAAAUAAAAAUAAGAAAAUGAGAAAAAAUCAGGUUGGAUUUAUUUUUUAUGGUAAAGGAUGACUUUUAGGAGUUUCUGAAGGGUAAAGCCACAAUGGAAAAGCGAAAAACAAACAAAUUAUAAUGAAUUUAAUCAGUGCAGGAUUUUACCAGGAUAAUUACAUUAAUUGACUUGUUUUCCAAAUAUAAUUAGGAUCCAUAUUUUGUAUUACUUAAGGUUUAGUAGAAAAUCUUUAGACCAAAGUUCCCUUGAAGAAGUGUGUAGUGAGGGAAGAUACCGUUAUAUGCGAAAGGUAUUGUUAUUUGUGGGUGAUAUCAAAUUUCCUGUAAAGUUAUACAGUGACACUUGUAUAGGCACCAGAUGGUGGGUGUAGUUUGAUAUCUCUGUGUAGCUCAAGUGAUGUCGUAACAAUUGUUGGAAGCUGGUAACAAUUUCCUUGAGUAAAAGCUCAGGUUAUUUUAAAGUUAUCUUGGCAUAGCUGUUUUAUGGAACUGUGUAUGUAGUGAGUUGGUGAGGUUACUGUUUAUGUAUUUUAUGUAUGAUCAGAGCAUCUCUCUGUGGAUUUCAGAAUUUUCUCACUUACACAGUGUGGAUUUAUGUUAUUGUUUUAAUUUAUUUAUAUUUUGUAUAUGAUUGAUUAUUAUUAUUUUUUAAAAGUAGAGGGACCAUAUAUAGGAAUUUAUCAAUUAUUUCUAUACUAGAGUCUCUUCAAAGACAUAAUAUAGGUUUGCAGUACUUAUUUUUUCAGCAGAUUUUGAAAGAUUAGCAUUUUGCAGUUUACCUUUCAGUAGUGUGACUUUUUUCCAUGUCAUCAAUACUAGAUUUGAUUUUUUAGUUUGUUAGCAAUGUAAGACCAUUGGUUGGUAAGAUGUUACCACAUGGUUAAUAUUUAGAAUUUUAUGUCAGUAUUAUUUGUCAGAUUGAUUUAUUAAUUUUCACCAUGAAGAGAGGAAUACUUAGGUAUUUGUUUUGAUAUUUUGAUAAUUAUGUCAAAGGUUGGAGUAUAUUUUAUGUUCUCAUACUUUAAUUUAUUAAUUAAUUUAUUUUUUAUUAUUUUUUACAACUAAUGGAGAACAUCUGUACUCUUGAUGUGCAAUAUUUAAAAAUCCUAUUGUAGAUAUUAUAUUGGAUACAAAGGAUUUUGCAUCUAUGAAAAUUAUACUUUUAGUAUGCUGUUAGAGAAGGAAGAUCUUGAUCUUUUGUAUUGAUACUUUAUUUUGUUGAUGCAGUUAAGUUGCUGCAUUUCCUGACCAUGGGAAAUUUAUGUUAAGUGCACUCUUAUAAUUCUAGAGGAAGGUGAGGUUCUUGGUAAUAAGACAUUGCACUCUUUCCUUUUGUUGUCUUUUAGAUCUAAUGUUUCAUAAUCAUAUAGUUUAUGUUAGAUUAAACCAUUAUAUUCACCAGAGCAGUGUGUAUUGGAUGGUGUGAUUAUUCAGUAUCUAGUACAUGGAAUCUGUCAUAGUGCAGCUAUAGUGUGAUGGCUUUCAAAAGACAGCAUACCAUUCUUUGCUCUGUGUUCUAGUCAUACUUUAAGAUUGAAUACAUUUUCAUACUUUUGUAUUUGCCGAAGCUGUUUUUGAAAUACUUCUGGCUAAAGACAAGCCUCUUGCCCAUCUCUUGCUAAUGUUCUCUUUGGAUAGGAAAACUGUCAUGGUAUUAUUACUGUUCUCGAGUAUGUUGUUGCAUGUUUCAUAUUUGGAACUGUUGGCAAUAGUGUCUCAGAUUUAAUGAAACUUGAUAUUAUGGUGCAAUAUUUUAUGUUUUUUAUUUGUUUUGUUUAAUCUUCUCCCCCCCCCUUCCCCUUGCCCUUGCUCGAAAGUGCCAUAAAUUCAUCAGGUUAGGAUGGUGUUUGAAAUCCCUUGUGUGUAAGGGAGAAUCCAAGUGUAUAAAAAGUGAUAUUGUUAGAUACACUUUGAAGUGAGACAUGAAGCAAAUGCAUGGU